UAUAAAUCACUAUGAACAACUGGGGUCAGUGGGGGGCUGCUGCUGCGGCCACCAAUGCUGCCACCUAUCCAGCAUCAACAUUUCCCACUCCACCAGUGCCGCCUGUUCCUCCAGCUGCUGGUGCAUCUACACCAGCUGCAACUUUGCCAGGGUUCCCCAUGGGUCAAACACCAAUGGGUUAUCCCUACUAUGGAGCUGCCGGAGCUAUGCCUGGGGCAGUGCCAGGAGGAUCUUACCCACCAGCACAAUGGCCAAUGACAGCGACCACUGCAGCGCAGCAACAGCAAUGGCAGCAGUGGGAGCAAUGGCAGCAGCAGUAUGCCCAAUGGCAAGCACAGUAUGGUGACAAGUGGACUCCUGAGAUGGUUAAAAAGUUUAAGUACCAGUCCAUGAUGGCGAUGGGAGGUAUUCCUACAGCUGCCGGAGUGGCACCCUUGACUGCAACUGGAGCCCCUCCCCUCCCAGGCACAGAUAAGGGAGCGGCUGGAGAUUCUUCAUCCCAGGACAAAAGUAAUAAGAGAGGAUAUGAAGGAGGCAAACCUGAUACUGACACAGCCAGUCCUCAACAAGCCAGCAAAAAAGCCAAAAAAGAUACAAAGGAGACUUUGGAAGAAAUGGCUGAGCAAGAAAAAGCUUUUGACGAACAGUUCAAAAACUGGGAAGCGCAGUUUAUGAAGUGGAAAGAACAAAAUAUAAAUCACCCUGAUAAGGAGCAGUACAAAGAGUACGAAGCUAAGUGGGAGAGUUGGAGGGAACAGCUUGUACAGCGAAGGGAGCAGAUGAAGAGGAAGAGGGAGCAAAAACUAGCAGAGGAGAGGGCUGCUCAGUUGGCAGAAGCUACUAACACCGCAGCAGCAGAAGCUUCCAAGAGUGCCGCGAGUGUGACCACCACUCCUGCAACUGCGGCUAGUCAGAUGUUCCCCACCAUGGGCUACCCUCCACCCUCUAUCAUGCCUCCUGCAGGCUUCCCAGCACCCUUCCCAGGCCCAGGCUACCAGGGCUACGGCUUCCCAGGGAUGAUGGGAGUGCCUCCUGUGGGAGGGAUGGUGGGAGCGAACCCUGACCUGGUCAACCAUCCACCAGUCAUGCCACCAGACUUAUCUGUCCCAGACCAGAAUGCACCCCUUAAAAUGAAUGAACCUCCGCCAAGUUUCCAAAGAGCUCCUCCUAAAGGUAUUCCCGGCCUAGAUCUUCUUGCUGGAGGAGGUGGAAGGUCAGCUGAAUCACGAGACAACCAAGAGAGGGGCAAAAAACCUCCCCAGGUGCCUGUGACUGAGCCGUUGAUGCACUCUUCUGACGACAAGAACCCGUUUAACUUUCCUCCACCCAGUCAAGAUAAUAGCCAACAAGGAACAAGGAAUUACCAGUCAGGCCCUCCAGGAUAUCAAGGGAAUUUUCAAGGCCCGCCGAACAAUUUUCCAUCAGGGCCCCCCAACUUUCAAGGUGGACCGAACAACUUUAUGCCCCCAAAUAUGCAAGGACAGAACAACUUUGGACCACCAGGGUUUGGACCGAGGGGUGGUCCUCCCUUCAUGGGUCAAGGACCUCCAAACAUGCAAGGACCUCCAAACAUGCAGGGACCCCCUCCUGGUCCUGGGAGCAACCAAUUCAAUAAUCGUCCACCAUUUAAUCAGAACCAAGGAAACUUCCCGCCAAAACCAAAUUUUUCUGAAAACAGAAAUGAGCCAAGGAAAAAUUUUGGUCCUAAUAACCAAAAGAACUUGCCAAGUUUAAUGGACGGUUUUGAUCCAGAUCAAGCCCCGCCAAACUUAAACCUAGAAAGAAAAACUCAAGAUAAGCUUAAAGAGUGGGAAAAAUACUACAGUGAAGAAAAUGAAUAUGAAAAUGAUCCGUUUGCAGAGAACAACGACGAAGAAAAGUACAAUGACUCGGAGGAUAGAUACGGAGGUCCUCCUAAUUUCAAAGGGGGUCCCCCUGAUAGAUUCAAAGGAGGUCCAUUUGGAUCUGGUCCUCCAGGCAGAGGAUACAACAACAUGGGGCCUGAAAUCGAUGACAGAGGGGGUCCGAGGGGAAUGGAUCGCUUUGACAAAAAUGCAGGAGAUAGAGGCAAGUUUAGGGGCCCACCUGGAAAAUUUGAUGGACCUCAUAACAGGUUUGACGGCCCACCCAGUCGUGAGUUUGGCGGUCCUCCUGGAAGAAAACCAGAUGGACCACCCGGGAGAUACGAUGGCCCGGGGCAUUACCCUGGUGAUCGAGAAAACGAUGAUCCGUUCUCAAACUAUGACAGGUUUGGUCCUGAUGGUGAGCGAGGACCAAGGUUCGGUCGUGAUGGCAGAGGGGGCGGAACUGACCGAGGACGAGGAAGCUUUGGUGACUUUGAUGAACCUGAAAAUCCUGACUUUAGAGGACCUGACAACUUGGGAGGUAGAGGAAGCAAUAGAGAUGAUAGGUUCGGUCCUGGUCCACCAUUUGGUGAUGACUUUGCAGGUCCCGGAGGAAGACCUCCAAUGGACUACGGUGGCAGACCUCCACCAGACCAUGAAAAUAGGAGAGGACCACCAGGCAAAGGCCCAGGGAUGUUCCCACCGAGAAUGGAUGGGAUGGCUGAUCCAAUGUCAAAAGAAUUCCCACGUCAUGGACCACCUACAAAUGAUGGGAAUUCCUGUGUUGAAUCACAAAUAGAAACUAACACUAGAAGAAAUGACAAAGGCCCUGAACCUAACCCAGAGUUGAAUAAAGGGGGUCCUCCGCCGUUUCCUCAUGAACUGAAGCCUACCCUGAUACCUGGUGGUGGUGGGCCGCCUGCUGGUCCCAAGUUGAUCUCUGACGCCCCAGGAGAUGUCACUGUGAUAGACUACUCUCACAGACCAGCUCCGCUCAAAGCUAAUGCUACAGACUUGGACAUUCCAGUGAUGAUUCAGCCGAUGCACAUGUUUGACUACCAACACGGGGCUAACCCUGGUCCUCCACCGUUCAUCAAGUCCUCCUUCCUGCCUAGAGGCCGAGACUUUAAUGACAUUGAACGUGACCUGGAUAGGGAGAGAGAGAGGAGUGACAGUAGAGGCAGAGGUCACAGCAGGGAGGACAGGUUUCCUGGCAGACAGGACAGACGGGACAGGGAUAGGGACCAUGACAGAGGCAAGGAGGACAGGUUCAGGGACAGGAGGGAUGACAGAGACAGACGAGACGACAGAGACAGACGAGAUGACAGGGACAGGCACGACCGAGAUAGAGAUAAUGACAGAAAAGAUGACAGAGACAGCAGGGGUCGUAAUGACCGUGAACGUAACGAUCGGGAACGCAACGAUCGAGAACGUAACGACCGUGAUCGUAAUGACAGAGAACGUAACAACAGAGACAGAGAACGAGAAAGAGAGAGGGAAAAGGACAGAGAUAGAAGGAAUGAUGACAAGUCUAACGACAGCAGGAGUAAAGACCAAGGGGACAGGCGAGGGGUCAGGGAUAGGUUUGAUAACCUAAAGCCUAAAGACGACAGACCAUCAAGGGAGGAGCCGCCUCCAGCCAGACAACACCCAGCUGUUCUAAUAGAAGAUAUCCUCAACACCCCGGGGAGAGACAAGAGACCCAACAAGAUACUAGUCAUUCUACGAGGACCACCAGGCUCUGGCAAGAGCUUUGUGGCUAAACUAAUCAAGGACAAGGAAGUAGAGAAUGGAGGCAACGCGCCCAGGAUAGUCUCUCUGGAUGAUUACUUCAUGUGUGAAGUAGAGAGAGAAGAGGUGGAUCCCGAAACAAAGCGCAAGUUUACAACCAAGGUAAUGGAGUAUGAGUAUGAACCAGAGAUGGAGUCGCACUAUCGUCAGUCUCUUAUCAAAGCUGUCCGCAAGAACCUGGCCGACGGCUACUUCCCUUUCAUAAUCCUCGACUGUAUCAACAACAAACUGGAGCAUUAUGAAGAAAUCAACACGUUCGCCAAGCAGAAGGGCUUUCAGGUAUUUAUCUGUGAGAUGGACUCUGAUGUAAAUGUGUGUAGCAAGAGAAACAUACACAAAAGAACAGAAAAGGAGAUAGCGGAAAUGGUGAAGAAUUGGGAGCCAACCCCCACAUCUCAGACACUACUGGAUGUCAGGAGCUUACUGCAGUCUGCUGCCAUUACUGAGGUUGAGAUGGAAGAUGCUCCGGCAGAAGAGGAGAAGAAUGAGAAUACAGACAGUGGAGACAAAGAAGAGUCCAAGGUGGAAGAUGUAGAAGAGGUUAUUGCCGAAUACCUUAAGAGCAAAUGGGACAACGUAGAAUCAUCUGGGGAAAAGCUAGAUCGGCUAGACGGGCUUGUGAAGGCAAGGAAAGGCAACACAAUCAAGGAGUGGUUGGAGCUCUCUGAAGAUGAUCUCUCGGAAUAUCGCCUCUCUAGGCCUAAUGUGUCAGGGAAGAAGAGAGUUCGUUGGGCAGAUUUGGAAGAAAGGCAAGAGCAAGAGAAGAUGAGAGCGAUUGGUUUCGUUGUUGGUCAAACUGACUGGUCGCGUAUGAUGGACCCCUCGUAUGGAGACAGCAAACUGACCCAGACAAAAUACAUCUGAUAAUCCUGACAGUGAUGAACCAACAGACAUACAUUAUUUAAUGUGAUUUUAUACUUUUUUGUUUGCAAAUACCUAGUUUUAAUGGUGUUGCGUAUUUAUAAAAUUGUUUAAAGGCAUCUCAGGAUAUUAAGGUUAUUUGAAAAGUGAUAUUGUUAGCAGUCACUUGUUAAAGAAAUAAAUGUAAUAAAAGCAAAUUAUGGAAAGAAGGAUUCCAUAUUUUAAAUGAUUAAACUCAAACUGUUUCAUAAAAGAUGGCAUAUGUUUUCUUUAACAAAAGUUUUAAGCCAAUAAUUAUCAUAUCAUAUUUUUAUAAGUAAUAGUGUUUGAUUUCAAUUUUUAUGAAAUUUGAAAAUAUUGUGGAUGAAAUGUACCUAUAAAAUAUUGAAUCAGGAGAAUGGUAAUUUUUUUUAAAUUUUGUUACAAAACUAUAUAUGUCUGCUAUAUUUGAUCUGCAAGUACAGUUUGAAAUAUAACUUUAGAAUUAUUAUUUGUUUAUGACUUGAUUGUAAUUUAAAAAUGUAUGGUGGAGAUAUUUAUUGGUUGUAAAUAGAAUUUUUUCAUUAUAAUCUAUAACUUCUCUUCCUUGUGUGUAUGCAUAGGGCCCUUAAAAAUGCUUUGU